AUGCUACAUGUGUGGACGGCCGCGGGCGAAGAAUUGACUGCGAUUCCUUGGGAGACGGUGAGCGAUGCCAAGCAACUGAAACAGCAUCUUCAGCCUCUUUGCGAAGCUCCUCGCUUCAGGCAGCGGCUGCUCACGGAUGGUAGGAUUCUUGAGGAUGACAUGAGCCUCAGCAACCUUGUUGACGUGCAGCUGGUGCUGUUGCCGUUCAUUACCCCUUCGCAGGAGCAAGAGGAUGAGUUGGCAAUUCUUGCUGCAGAGGGUAUGAUCGCAGAGGUCGAGACGAUUCUUCAGCGACCACAAAGCCCAAGCUGCGCCGAUCCCCGCGACUACGAACAACCUUUGUUCCUAGCGUGCAAGAACGGCCAUGUGGCAAUCGCACGCUUGCUCUUAGAAGCUGACGCCGACGUGGAAACGCGAAGCCGGUGGUGUGGCAUCACACCUCUUCUGGCUGCAUGUGCAGAAGGUCGCGAGCAGGUGGUGCGUGUGCUUUUGGAGGGCGGUGCUAACAAAGAAGCACGUGACAGGCGCGGUUCCACGCCGCUCCUGGUGGCAGCUCAUUGCUUUUGCCCAGAGAUUGUCUGCUUGCUCUUAGAAGCCAAUGCAGAGAGGACUGUCCGCAACUCGUAUGGUGAGACACCUCUGUGGGUAGCAAUAAAUAAAGACAGCUUUCAACAUGCAAAGAGGAGACAGGAAGAAGUUGUGUGCCAUCUGCUACGCAGAGUUGCGGACCCUAACUGCCGUGUGCAAGGUCAAAACUAUCCCUUGCACAUGGCAUGCAGGCGGGGACAUGUUAGAAUUGCGAAGCUGCUUUUGCAAGCCCGUGCAGAUCAGCAGCUCUCAAGUGACUAG